AUGGCGAAACAAUUAAGAUUAUCACUACUUGUGUUGACCAUCGGUUGGUGUAUUAUUACAACUAUGGCUACAACUACUUCCACCUCAUCUGAUAAUCAGCAAUUAAUGCUCCCAUUUAGUAGUUUAAUGCAAACUAUGUCGACAAUGUUGAACAUACCGCGGACAUUAAGUCAUACGUUGGGCACAAUUAUCUCUGUGUUGCAAAAGUUUAAGGAAAUGCUUGACCAUAUCCAUACACUACCGGAUUUGAUUAGUCAUCAAACUUCUACAAUUUUCUUUACUCCUACUCCUACUACUCCAACCACUAGUUCAACCACUAGUCCAACUACUACUCCAACUAUUACUCCAACUACUACUCCAACUACUACUCCUACUACUACUCCAACUACUACUACCACUAAAACCAUUGUUCGUAUUACUUCAUAUAUUAAUGAUGCAAAUGGAGACAACUUUUAA